CUUCUUCCUAAAUUUAUUUGGCAUGUAUUUACACGAAAAGGUGGUUUCAAUAUUCGACGACUCGUACAAACCAUUAAAGAUAAACCAGAUGCUGAAAAAGGUGUAGAUUUUGUCAAACGUACAUUAAAAACAUACAUUGAUACACAAAAUACAUUACAUGGAUCAGUAUGUUGUGGUGUUCGUUGUCGUAAUUUUUAUAUUAGCUAUACACUAACAUAUUUUAUUGUCAAAAUACUCUAUACUAUCAAUACUCUAGCUCAAUUUUUCUUAUUAAAUUCAUUUUUAUCAUUUCAUUUUACUGGUUAUGGUGUUGAAGCAUUAAGUAAAUUAUUUAGUGGUGAUGAUUGGUUUGAAUCACCAAGAUUUCCUCGUGUUACCAUGUGUGACUUUAUGAUUCGACAUUUAGGUUCUAAUCAACAUUGGUAUGCAAUUCAAUGUAAUUUACCAAUAAAUAUCUAUAAUGAUAAGAUAUUUUUGGGUGUAUGGCUCUGGUUAAUAAUUUUAACAAUAUUAAAUAUUUUGUCAAUUAUAGGUUGGGUUAUUUCAUUAACUAGCGGACGUCGUGUAUCAAUAACUAAAAGAUAUUUGAAUGUAAAUCAAUCACUCUCACCAGAAGGAGAAACUUUAUUGUCAACAACAUCAAAAAGUCCAAAAUAUGAUCGAGAUAUUGAUGCUACUGGUUUUACUGAGUAUAUGCAUUUAGAUGGAUUUCUUAUAUUUGACAUAAUUGCAAAGAAUACAGAUGAAAUUAUUGCAGGACAAAUCAUUGAACAUUUAUAUAGAAAUUAUGAACCACCUACACGAAAUUAUACGAGCAAUGUUUGA